AACUACGAUGCUGACUUUUACGAUUUUGUUUCUAGCGUUCUUCGGGAAUAUGCCAAGUGCUGCAACAUCUUUCAUAAAUGAAGUGAAAUGCUACUUAGCUGACUUGAAUUACUUCUUUUUUGGUAGCAAAAAUGAAAAUAUAAAGUACUUGUUCUAUUCUCGGACAAAUCCGUUGGAUCCAUGUGACCUGCAACCUACUACAGAUGCUCUAGACACUUGCAAAUUCAAUUCAUCUUUAGAUACUAAAGUUCUGUUGCAUGGAUGGAUAGCUGGUCUACCACCCGCAAGCUUCUUAUUCCCAAUGAAAGAUGAUAUUCUCGAUGUGGGUAAUUUCAACGUGAUAAUUGUUAAUUGGACUUCUUACACUGGAAAUACAGACAACGGUCUUAUGGGAUACAGUGAAUCAGCCAUCUAUAGUAUGUAUGUCGGUCGGAAGGUGUCUGCGUGGGUAGCUUUCCUCCAGAGAUAUGCAGGAGCCGAUCCCAAGAAAUUCCAUUUCAUUCCUUUUAGCAUGGGAUCAGAGGUAACUUCUUUUGCGGCUAAAACAAUGUGCAAUUUAAAUCACAUUACUUUUCUUGAUCCGGCUGCACCACUUUUUAGGUUUCUUCCAUCAUUUUUAGGGCCAUCUUACAUGGAUGCUGAUUUUGUCGAAGCAAUGCACACUGAUGCAGCAUCAAACGGGCUUCAAGGAUAUGGUUUUAUACGACCUGUUGCUGGUAUAGAUUAUUACCCUAAUGGGGGAAAUUUACAACCGAAAUGCCAAGAGAACGCUACAUUUUAUUAUGGAGAUGGAUCGACUGGCAAAGUGACUGACAUGGGUACUUCAAUUAGCUGCAAGCAUAACUCCGCCUUUAUCUACUACUUGGCUAGCUUCAACAAGAAUUGCCAGUUCAUAGGACUCAUCUGCGAAAGUUAUGAUGACUACUUAAGUGGAAAAUGUUCGGCAACAAAUACAACUGUUUGCAAAAUGGGUUACUAUUCACGUAAAAUUGAAAAUCUGCCUCCCUAUUCAAAAUGUUACCUCCAAACCUCAGCUUAUCCACCAUAUUGUCUUAACUGAAGAAUGACCUGCUCUUGGUAUUUCGAACCAAAUGGACAAAUAUAACCGAGAUGUUUCGAAAUCAUAGUUGCUUAUGCUGAGUUAUUCGAAUAGACCAGCGGUUCCCAUUUUUUUUCGGCUACGGAACCCUAAAUAAACAUGCUUCUUCCAGGGGAAUCCCGACUUCACAAUUCAUGUAAAUAAAGACAAUUGUAUGCGCAUUAAAAGACAACUUAUUUUGA